AACCUUCGAACCCUCUCUCUCUCUCUCUCUCUCUCUCUCUCUAUCGUCUCUCAGUAUCCAAACCCGACAAUGUCAUCGGGUUCGGGUUCUCUAAUGUGGUUCCGGAAGGGCCUGAGGAUCCACGACAACCCUGCUCUCGAGUACGCCUCCAAAGGCUCCAAUUUUCUCUACCCGGUGUUCGUGAUCGACCCGCAUUACAUGAAGCCCGACCCGGAAGCAUUCUCACCCGGGUCAUCCAAAGCCGGUCUGAACCGGAUUCAGUUUCUGCUAGAGAGCCUUAGGGAUUUGGAUUUGAACCUCAAGAGGCUCGGGUCCAGAUUGUUGGUGCUCAAAGGUGAGCCCAGCGAGGUACUCAUUCGUUGCCUGAAGGAGUGGGAUGUGAAAAAUCUCUGCUUUGAGUAUGAUACAGAACCAUAUUAUCAAGCUUUGGAUGUUAAAGUCAAGAGCUAUGCCACUACGGCUGGCAUUGAGAUUUACAGUCCUGUAAGUCACACACUCUUCAAUCCCGCAGAUAUUAUACGGAAGAAUGGGGGAAAGCCACCUUUGAGUUAUCAAUCAUUUCUGAAGCUUGCUGGAGAGCCCUCAUGGGCGUCGUCCCCGCUUUCUAUUGCACUUUCUUCACUUCCUCCGGUUGGGAAUAUUGGAAAUUGCAAUAUUUCAGAAGUUCCAACGGUCAAAGAACUUGGCUAUGAAGAGACUCAACAGGAUGAGUUGUCUCCUUUUAGAGGUGGUGAAACAGAAGCCUUGAAGAGGUUAAGAGAAUCAAUUGAAAACAAGGAGUGGGUGGCCAAAUUCGAAAAACCUAAGGGUGAUCCAUCUGCGUUUCUGAAGCCAGCAACAACUGUUUUAUCUCCUUAUUUGAAAUUUGGUUGUCUCUCUUCCAGAUACUUCUACAUAUGUCUUAAAGAUUUAUAUAAAAAUGUCAAAACGCAUACAGUACCUCCGGUAUCUCUUGCUGGACAGUUGUUAUGGCGAGACUUUUUCUACACGGUGGCAUUUGGCACUCCUAGUUUUGAUCAGAUGAGGGGAAACAAAAUAUGCAAGCAGAUACCUUGGAAUGAUGAUGAUGAACUGCUGGUGGCUUGGAGGGAGGCUAGAACAGGAUUCCCUUGGAUUGAUGCCAUCAUGACCCAGCUCCGCAAGUGGGGUUGGAUGCACCAUCUAGCACGACACUCUGUUGCAUGUUUUUUAACUCGUGGUGAUCUGUUUGUUCACUGGGAAAAAGGGCGUGAUGUUUUUGAGAGGCUUCUGAUUGAUUCAGAUUGGGCAAUUAAUAAUGGAAACUGGCUGUGGCUAUCGUGCUCAUCAUUUUUCUACCAGUAUAACCGUAUCUACUCCCCAAUCUCGUUUGGAAAGAAGUACGACCCAAAUGGUGAUUACAUUAGACAUUUUCUCCCUGUACUUAAAGGUAUGCCAAAGGAGUACAUUUAUGAGCCAUGGACGGCUCCUCUAAGCAUUCAAAACAAGGCAAAGUGCAUAAUUGGAAGAGAUUAUCCAAAGCCAGUGGUUGCCCACGAUUCUGCAAGCAAAGAUUGCAGGAGGAGAAUGGCUGAAGCAUAUGCAUUGAACCAGAAGAUGAGUGGCAUGGUGAGCGCAGAAGAUCUAAGAAACUUGAGGAGGAAAUUGGAGGAAGACCAAGAGCCACAGGUUGAAAAUAAACGGCAAAGAAAGCUAAUUGGCUGAUGGCCAACUCCAAAACUCUUCUGUUUUGCUUGGCAGUUCUAGGACCGAUGGACCACGGUGACCGUAAAACGAGGAAGCAAGUUUCGUGCAUCUAAGAAGUUGAUAAGCAAUCAAGCCUAAGUCCAUGGGUUUUCUCAUAUAAAAACAAGUAGAUCUCAUGAGAUGAAAUAAUCAUUCUAAUAAUUAAUGCCAUAAUCAGAAAUUUAUGUGUAACAUCAUCACAUAAAUAUUUUUGCUCAUCACUCUUUUUAAUACUUGAUAAGUGUUCAUAGGCAUAACCAUGGUUAACUUUUUACUUUGAUUUAUGUAAUUAUGGUUAUGCUUAUGGACACGUGUCAAGUGUUGAGAAGAGUGGUGAGCAUACACCUUUGGAUGACUUUUUCACACACAGAAGCCUAGGUGUGGGUCCUCUGUAUCCUUGAAUCAACUAUGCUUUCUAUAUCAAUAUUCUCUGUGUGAAGUUUAGUUGUCGCCCAAUCAGAUAAAUUAAUGCGUUCAUCAUCUUCUUUUAUUAUUGCUGGCCUGCCGGUGAUUAGCUCCUAGGUCUCUAGGUCUCUGUGUA